AUGAAUCCGGAGCUGCGGCAGACCUUGAACACCCUAUCCCACAACUUCGAGCAUGCAAAUCAAGCAGCGCAAGAGAAUAUCUACACCUUUACACAACUCUACAUUGACCCCUGCUUAGCAGGUUUCAAGGGGUGUCUCCAAGACUGCACGGCGCCAUGCUUUCCCAAUCGCGAAGACAGUGUCCGCCGACGGCGAGGUAGAGCACGGUCGCGUGGACAAGCCGAAUACUUCUUUGACUUCUACGAUGACUGGAAUGAGGAUGAAGAUAUCAAUGUCGGCUCCCAAGCCUGGGGCAACGACGAGCUAGAUAGUCUUCUGGCUGGCCGUGGGGAGCAACCGAAACGACAACGCGGCAUGAGCUACGGCUCAAAGAAUCGACGACGCCCUGGUCCAAUGCAACCUUCAGACGCCGAAGAGGACCCCACUCUCAUCCCUGGCUCGUCCUACCUUGGCUUCCUCGAGCGCCUACCCUUUAAAAUUGGUGCGCGCGUGUUGAAGUACCGGCCCUCUGCCGCCAAUCUCCAAGAGCACCCGAGCGUCCACCGCUCAGCAGCAGAGUCCCAACCACUCCUCGAGGAUGACGGCUAUGGUACCGUGUCCGACCCAAGCAAGAAAGGUCAUAUGCGACAACGGAGUAGUACUCAGAAUUCGCGGGCAACCACCAAUUCGCUGUCCUCUCGUGGCGACCUCAUCCUUAGUGACGAAGAAGAGGAUGCCGUGCCCCUGGACGACGAGUUUGCGGUUAUGCUAUCGCGACGCAUGACCAAUUCGGAGGAGAGCAGCGGCAAGACAGGUCUUGCUUCGGGGAAACAAAAAGUGUCUCGACGGUCGACAAAUCGAACAGCAUCUACGAAAUCGGCCAGAAGCUCGAAUCACAGUACGCCUAGUAAGCGUUCACGGUCGCAAAGAAGUCGGAACUUUACGAGUCCAAACCCAACAUCGCCAUCCGUCGAAGUUAUGGACCCUUUCCCUUCGAUGCAGGAAUUGCGACGAGAGGAAGACGAUGUGCGAAAGCAAGAAGAGAUGGAGAUCCAGCAGAAGAGAGAGGCGGCGCAGAGAUUGGCGGCGCAGAGCGGACUCGACUCCUCGGUAAAGGAAGCGGCCACGAAGUCUGCUGCGACAGUGAGCUCCGAUGCUGUGGAGGAGGACGAUGGUCGCGGAGAGACGAGGUCGAUGACUGACAUUGAUGAUACGGAUAUCGAGCGCAAUGUUGAGGACCUCGCAGCAUCACGAGAUACGCUAUCUUCACAACCCGACCGAGCAUCGAGCCCAGCGAGUUUCCAACGUCCAGGAAACCCCACGCUUGUAGAACCAAGUGAGUCGCCGGAUCCGCCUUGA